AUGGGGACCUGGAUUCUGUUUGCCUGUCUUCUGGGAGCAGCUUUCGCUAUGCCCCUACCACCUCAUCCUGGGCACCCUGGUUAUAUCAACUUCAGCUAUGAGAACUCACAUGCUCAGUCUAUCCAUACUGGCAGGACUGCAUUAGUGCUUACCCCUUUGAAGUGGUACCAGAACAUAAUAAGGCCACCGUAUCCUUCCUAUGGUUACGAACCCAUGGGUGGAUGGCUGCACCACCAAGUCAUCCCCGUGCUGUCCCAACAACACCCCCCGACUCACACCCUGCAGCCUCAUCACCACAUCCCAGUGGUGCCAGCUCAGCAGCCUGUGGUCCCCCAGCAACCAAUGAUGCCAAUUCCUGGCCAGCACUCCAUGACUCCAACCCAACACCACCAGCCAAACCUCCCAAUGCCCGCCCAGCAACCCUACCAGCCCCAGCCCGUUCAGCCGCAGCCACACCAGCCCAUGCAGCCCCACCAGCCCAUGCAGCCCCAGCCUCCUGUGCACCCCAUGCAUCCCCUGCCGCCACAGCCACCUCUGCCUCCGCUGUUCCCCAUGCAGCCCCUGCCCCCCAUGCUUCCUGAUCUGCCUCUGGAAGCGUGGCCAGCAACAGACAAGACCAAGCGGGAGGAAGUGGAGCAUAUGACAGUUCGCCAUGCUCUGGCACACAUAGCGAACGUCACUGGCAGGCUGCUCAACGGCUUACGUCACCACAUCGUCCCCGUCCUCGCUGGCAGAGCUGGAAUUAGUCUCAGCACCCAGCCUUCCAUCUCCCCUCCCCAGAGAGUGCCCGUUCCUGCCUCCAUGCACCACAGCAUCAAUUACCAGAACUCUAGUUCCCUCACCAGUGACUGGUUUAGGGCUUCUCCAAACCAAGUAUUAAAAGAUGGUAAUGUUGAUGAUAAUGGCAGUGACAAUAGUGGUGGUGGUGUUGUUGGUCACGGUGAUGAUGGUAAUGAUGAUGAAGAUGUCAAUGGUGAUGGAGAUUUUAGCUAA